AAAACCGAGGCUAAGGGGUUUUGACUUAUUAAGUAAAAAAAUGGCAAUUUCAAAUUUUCAAUUUCGAUUUUUUUCAGCUGUAUAAUAUGAGAUAGAAAAAAUAACAUGUGGCUAAUACCGGAUGGGCCUCGCUGCUCUCAACUCACCACACUGGAUUUGCCUUGCUUCACAAAAAUGGAAGGGUAUCAGCAAGCAUACAAUCAAGGUGGCUACCAGCAACAACAGCAAGGUUAUCGACAGCCGGGUGGGCAUCAGCAGCCACCAAGUGGAUACCAGCAGCAACCUCCAGGUGGUUACAGACCACAGCAACCAGCAGGCUACCAACAGCAACAGCCAGGAGGCUACCAACAGCAACAGCCAGGAGGCUACCAACAGCAACAGCAAGGAGGCUACCAGCAAAACUAUCAACAACAGGGCUAUCAACCACAGCAACCUGGUGGUUACCAGCAGGGCUACUCACAAAUGCGAUAUCAGCCAGGUCAGGCUGGACCUGUAUCAGGACAACGUCCUACUCCACAAGGGAUUGAUCCAACACUGUGGGGAUGGUUUCAGGCUGUAGAUCGAGACAAUUCUGGUUCCAUCACAGCUGAUGAGCUGCAACAAGCGUUACUUAACAAUAACUGGUCUCAUUUCAACGGCGAAACAUGUCGACUUAUGAUAGGGAUGUUCGAUAAAGAUAGAUCAGGAACUAUAGAUGUAUACGAAUUUGCAGCACUAUGGAAAUACAUCCAAGAUUGGAAAGCGUGUUUUGAUAGGUUUGAUACUGACCGAUCGGGUACUAUUGACGAAGGAGAACUAAUCCAAGCCUUUACAACUUUCGGAUAUCGGCUUUCACCACAGUUCUGCGGUUUGUGCGUGCGAGUAUUCGACCGGAACAACGUGCGCACGAUGAAAUUCGAUGACUUCAUACAAUGUUGUGUCAUGUUGAAAACGCUGACAGACGCGUUUCGAAAACACGACACACGACAAGUUGGAGUCAUCAAUAUCAAUUAUGAACAGUUUUUGGAAAUGGUGCUGGACAACACUCUAAGCGGUAUUUGAUAUCUAAGUGACGUUCCAACACAGUGCUACAAAGAAAUUAAAUAUAAUUUUAUAUCAUCGAAGUAAAAACGAAUUUUUCUAAUGUAGGAGAGAUUGUCAGCACUGGAACUGUAUAAAUGAAUUUGCGAGUUUUACAGAUCUGCCAUCUGAACGAAUAUUUCUUUAUCUCUAUAAUAAUAGCCGUCGUCUGUCUGUCUCUGUGCGGACCCCCGCUGAGUUAGAAAAUCAUGUUACGGAAACACGAAUAUCAAAUGCGAUAUAUUUUUAUCCACUUUGUUGCGACGGGUAAAUAUAAAGGACGGCCGAACCCGUGGAUUUUUCCACGGGCUAACGACUAGUGUUUUAUUUCUUAACAAUGCUGUUAGUCUAUGAAAAAAGAAAAUUUUUGUUUCUUUAACCACGUUUUCUACUCUUUUUAUUUUUUGUACCUGUGUCAUGUUCACACGCACCAUGGUUAAAGUUGCACAUUAUUUUUAAAAUUGAUAAAAUAAAUCUAUUCAUGCUUGUUGAAACAUAGAGAAAUCUUAAGAAAGCAGGGGAAGUUGCGUUGCACUUGGUUUCCUGGGUACAAAAAAGCGCAAACUCUGUAGACACUCUUUUAUACACCUAUUUUCACUGUAAUUGUACGAAAUUUUGUUUUUAAUAAAAUUAAAACGAAGACCGUCAUCAUUAACUUAA